AUGGAGAGGAAGGUUUUGCGUAACCAUAGACGUUUCCUCAGUGCGCCUGCGCAUCCAAAACCCCGCCCUCCCUUCGUCUGUCUGGCUCUCAUCUGCGUGCGCCGAACAACCAGAAGCAGGUUCCUUUUCGCUCCGGCCUCCAUCUUGGGAAGGAGUGCGGCCGCUGGAACCAUGCAGCUCUUUGUUCGUGCUCAGAAUCUGCACACCCUUGAGGUGUCCGGGCAGGAAACAGUUGCUCACCCUAGCAGUAAGGAAUUGGCUCACAUCGAGGCCUUGGAGGGCAUUGUACCUGAGGAUCAGGUGGUUCUCUUGGGUGGGAUUCCCUUGGAAGAUGAUGCCAUCAUUGGCCAGUGUGGAAUCAGUGACCUCGCAACUGUGGAGGUUGCUGCACGCAUGCUGGGUGGCAAAGUUCAUGGCUCCCUGGCGCGUGCUGGCAAAGUGAGAGGCCAGACCCCUAAGGUUGCCAAGCAAGAAAAGAAGAAAAAGAAGACUGGCCGUGCUAAGAGGCGCAUGCAGUACAACCAGCCUCGCUGGCUAACAUUGUGCCAACUCUUAAGUAAGAAGAAGGGUCCCAAUGCCAACUCCUAAAUAGCACCUAGUUACCCUAAUAAAGCUAAUAUUUGGACCACU